AUGGACCCCGUUGCAACACCUCCCAGGAUAUCCAGAGUCGAUUCGCGCUACCGUCACCGCGCGCAAAACGUCCCGCCCCAGAGCGAACCUGUGCCGCAACCUGAAGAGAAAGAGGAGGAACCAAGCCAGGUGGACUUUAUCCCUGAACUGAGAGCCAGAGACAGCAUGAGCAGAGGCCAUCGCUUCUUUCACCGUCGUGCUGCGCUAGGCAACACGAAGGUUGUCACUGUCGCCGUCGAAGUAGUCGGAACCGUCGAUACCAGCGGAAGUUUCAUCGCUCAGGAGACUAUGGCGCCCGUCACACCUCAGUCCCCAGAUGCACCUGCACUGCCGACUGCUGCAGCGGUCGCAGCGCCUUCACCCGCACCAGCGCCCUCGGUAGCACCCGCGGCGCAGCAACCACUGCCCUCCGCUCCCUCACCCGGUGUUCCAGCAGUACCAGCAGUACCUACAGUUGCGGCUCCUGUGCUUCCGUCCGUCCCAGCAGUCCCACCUUUCCCAAGUGACCUGGUGGUUCCCACCGUUCCUGCGUACCCAUACUCUACAGGCGGCCAAGUCCCGGCCACCUCAGACUUGAGCGCAUCUCCAAUUCCAACUGGUGCCCCCAUAAGCAUUGCGACUCCAUCUGCAGCCCCUGUGCCGCUAUCAGAUGUUAGUUUUAUCUUGAACUCGACCGCAUCUAGUAAGCCAGACGAUACUGUCAACAUGAUCAAUACCGUCAUCUCCUCGGAUGCUGCGUCAACAACAGCAUACUAUGGUGGUGCCGGUGGGGAUGCGUCUGGAACGGCGGCUGCCCCUGCUGCCACUACAGCAGGCAUCUCAGAUGCCGAUGCCGACACCGCUCCUUCUCCACUUGAAACCCCACAGGUCGUCGGAAGUGUAGUGGGCAGUUUGGCAGGCGCUGCGCUCAUUCUCGCCAUAAUACUGCUGCUGCUCAGACGUCACAAGCGGAAGCAGGGCGGUGCUUUACAACUCACUGGCGACGAUCACACCGAUAACAACCAGUCGAUGAGGCAAGCACCCACCACAGCUAGUACUUUGGCUCCUAUCGCCUUCUUGAACCGAUUCUCUGGUUUGUCAGGCAAGACUGCGGAAACCAACCUCAGUGGUGGUGAACGCAGCUUUCAACGGGUGUCAGGGCGCAAGCUCCCUUCCGCCUUCAGCGAGGGCAUGACAUCAGAUCAGUUCUCUCGUGGCGGCACAAUGUCUGGAUCUUCUUUCUACCAAGAUGAACACGGCACAUAUGGCGGUCCCGGCAUGUCAAAAGAGUUUGGCAAGGAGAUCGGUGACAGCCCAACGAACCGAGAGUCAGGACCAAUGAACAUUCGACCCAGCCCAGCCAGGACACCAGUCAUACGGCAUCCUGAUGAUGGCAACCCCUUCUCGGACCGUCACUAUCUCAGUCCGCCCCAAUCUCCAAAUCCUGACGCCCCACCUAGAGGCACUCUUGGUAGAAGUCUGCCUUCGGCGGAUGGAUCCAGGUCAUCUCGGUUUACAGAGAACGUUUGA